CCCCACAUUCGUUUCCGGUCCUCGUUCUGUGAGCACUGCAGCAACCAACAUGGCGUUUGGUAGGCAGGUCUAUAAUUUGGUCUUCAGGAGGAGCUCAACAUUCGCGCUGUCCAUCUUGGUGGGAGCCGUUGUGUUUGAGCGGAUGUUCGACCAGGGCGGAGACGCGAUUUUUGAACACCUGAACAAAGGGAAACUUUGGAAGCACAUUAAACACAACUAUGAGAGUCACGAUAAAGAGUAACGUGGCGGUUUGCUGGUGUGAUGACUCCAUUCCCUGCUGUGUUUGUUGGGGCUCCACUGACAGGCAUGAGCAGUCGAAGACAUCAAUGUUUCACUGGAUCUUGAAGACCCCAGAAAUUCAAUCUUUUGGGACUGGUGCUGCGUUUGAUUUUCUGCCUCUCGGAGUCUUCUCCAGGCAUUCAGAACACCGCUAAUCAAAGUGCUGGCCUUCAGUCUGUUUCAUCUGUUCUGUUUAAUCUGUCAGUUGUAUUGUAAAUCUUGAGUAGAUGCUGUUAAUAAAUUCAUUUAAACCA